AAAUGAUUGUUUUCGUAGGACAGAAGAAUUCUCAUAAAUCUCCUUGCAGUUUCCAGGACCUGGACAAACUGGUCACAUCCAGGAUCAAACGGAGCGAAGAUAACUAAAUCCUGUCCUAAAGGGUUCUACAUAGUCGACAUGGCUUGGCUCUACCGAUCGGGACAUGGACUCAUCGAUCUUGCGUUAAGAUGUCACGAUCCGGAUAGAAGGGCAAGCCAGUUUGUAGAGUUUGUUGGAUACGAGCGAUUGAGGGAAGAUGGAUUAACAGACAGAGAACGACCUGAUAGCAGUAGUAUCUGGAGCUGGUUCACCAGCUUUGCAGUUAUGCUUGAUAUUUCAGGACCUAAAGCUAUCGAUUAUGUUAACCAACCACAAUCAGAGUGGUCCAAUGAAAAACUUUCCGAAGGGGUGAAAUGCUCUGGGAAAGGUGGAAUUGACUCUUUCUUGGGACAUAGCCAGAGCUGCUGCGGUCUGGUGAACGCUAGCUUCAGAUGCACUGAUGGUUACUCAUGGCAUGACUCUGGAACAAACUGGAAUGGGAAUAAAAACAACAUGAUCCAGUGUCCUACAGGACAAGCAUUUGUGGGAGCUCAAGUGAUGUACGGAGCGAUAUCACAUUUAAAAAAAGUUUUCAAAAACGAUCAUCAAGGCAUCAUAAAUGUACGCUUCCAGUGUGAAGAGUCAAAAUAUCCGCCAGUCGCAGUUUGUGAAGGAUUACCUUUUGGUUGGAAGUCCGUGAUAACCUCCGCAAGCUUUCCUGUUGAGAUUGGACAAGUUAUCCAAGUGUCCUGCUCACGAGACUACAUUAAUACAGGGGACAGAGAAGUGACCUGCCUGAAGAAGGAUCAGUUCUCCUACACAGAGGAGCCUUUCUGUAAAGACGCUGGUCUUAUCGAUAAUUCCCACUUUUCGGCUUCACAAAGCGGUUCAAGAAGUGUUGGUGGAGCACCUGAGCGAGCCAUUGACGGAAAUACGAAUGGAGAAUUCAGCAGCAACUCCUGUACAAUUACAGCAGGUUCAGUCCCCCAAUGGUGGAAGCUUGACCUCGCAGCAGGUUACGAGGUUUCCAGGGUAGCAAUCUACAACAUAGCGGAAAAUGGUCAAGACAGAAUGAUCGAUGGAGCUCAGGUAUUUACUCUGUCUGGAGGAACUAAGAAAAAGUGUGGUGAACGACUAACUUUUCUAAAGGGUAAACGUGUGUAUGAGGUCGAGUGUGGGCAUGUUAUCGCAGAUCAGAUCACAAUAGAAAUUCAGCGUGGGAUCUUAACUCUAUGCGAGGUUGAAAUAUACAGUGACAAAGUGAAAAGGGAUAGGGCCAGGUGGAACACGCAAAACAACAACAAUAGCCAAGAAAGCUAAACCGUUACCUCACUAGGAGAACAGCACAUGGACGAAGAUAUGAUAACGUUAACUAUUACAGCUAAAGGGGCAUGAUAUUUGAGUAUUUGGGAUUCAUGAUUUAAGGUUAUGGCAAAGGAUGAAAUAGUCCGGAACAAUUUUUAGAUACUCAUACACAGUUUUAGCAUGUAUGAAGAAUUUGAACAGGGAAUUGUUUACUUUUGGGUUUCGUAAUUAUCUAAUUUUUCUUCUUAUCAAAUUGAAGUUAGCGUGUAGAAUGUUAGAAUGUUGAUUUUUAAACCAUUGCGUAAAA